GCAUUAAGCCAGUUCCUGGGGGAUUUUUCAUUCCCAAGGCAUACCAGGAUGGAGGAGGAGGAAAAGCCCUGGAGAUCCUGCACAAGGAGGGGCUGCAAACCCAGCCCAGGGAGCUGUGUGGAGGAAUGAGCCACCCUGUCAUAGGAAGGUGGACAGAUAUUGAGCUGGAGGAGAAGCUACACAAGUGCCUGGAAUGUGGGAAGGGUUUCAGCCAGAGCUCCAACCUGAUCUGGAACCAGGUGAUCCAUGCUGGGGAACGGCCCUACAUCUGCUUGGAAUGUCAGAAGAGAUCUGGGUGGACCUCUGCCCUGAGAAAACACCAGCACAUCCACAAUGGGGAGAGGCCCCACGAGUGCCCCGAGUGUGGGAAGAGCUUCGUGCGCUGUUCCAGCUCCACCCCCCAUGGAAGGAUCCACGUUGGAUGAUGCCCAGGGAUCCCUGUUGGGCAGAGCCCUGGGGAUUCCUGUUCCAGGUGACCCCUAUUGGGUUUAGGGAAGGUGUUAGAGAGAUUUCUUGUCCUUGUCCUGCUGUGAUUUGAUUGGUAAUAAAUUCUCUCCCUGUGCCCAGGCUGGGUCUGUUGUGCUCCUGCCGGUGCUCGGGGCGGGAUCUCUCUCGGUCCUUCUCCUCAGCCAAUCAGAGAAGGCACUCAAAUAAUUGAGCCAAUCAGCGCGCAGCGCACUGAUGACUCCCCAGUUGCCAGGCAGUCCCACAGCCCCCAGAGCUCCCCAGCUGGACUCCAACCCGCCCCGCCCUCGCCCCCAGCGCCGCCCGCCAGGGGAAUCUGGGGAGGGGGGAGGUGUCAGAACCUGUCCGGCGCUGGCCAUGGGGCGUGUGGCGGCAGCUGGGGCCCUACUGGUAGCACUGGGAGCCCCCCAGGCUGUGGGCGCGAAGCUCUCGGGUGAGCGGGAGGGCUGGAAAGGGAAGUGGUGGCACGGUGGGAAGUGUGGGGAAAGACAGGGAAAUGGGGUGGUGGGACCCCCAAACAAAUGUUCUGGGAGUGGUGGGCUGGCUACCGGGAAGUUAUGGGAAAGGGGGAGGAAAAUACGGAAAGGGGUGGAGAAGAGGAACUGGAACCGUGGAAAGAAGGGUCCCAUGGUGGCCGUGGGGCACUGAGGGUGCAGAGUUGGGGCUGCCCCGGAGCUCUUGACUACUGGGGAAUGCUGGGGGAAUACCCCCGGACCUGUGUCCA